UGCUCUGGCCCAGGGCCCCUCAAAAUGGUAAUCUUCCUCUGCCCCCAAGGGCUUUAAAUUGGGGGCUCUUGUCCUCUGCAUUGUGGUGCCUGCUGGGAGCCCAAGUUUGAGGAUUGCACCUCUUCCCGUGUGCGAGGAGGGCAGCCCGGGUCUGAAGAGCUGGGGCUUGGGUGGAGAUGAGGAGGAAGAGGUACAGGAGAGGAAGGCUUGGAGAGGGUCUUAGCACAUGGGAGGGCAGGGGUCGUGCUUCAGAGAUGGAGAUGUCCUGCCUUGCUGAUGGAGCGCAUGUGGGGAGAGAAGAAAAGUCCAGGGCCAGAGAGAAAUCCAAAGCUACUGAGUGGAGGCCAGUGGGAGGGGAGAGCCAGGAGCUGGAGAGGACAUGAGGGGAAAGGCAGCUGGGGAGGGAGCUGUCAUAGGCCGUGCAGCAUUAGGCCAUGUCAUGUUCUGCAGGGGCUGUGGAGAAGCACGUGGGGGUGCUUCGUGCUGUAAUGACAGGGGUUUUUUGGGUCAGACUUUCUGGGCAGCAGUGUGAGAUCCUGAGGGACAGGGCUUCCCAACCCAGCCAGACAGCAGCGAUUCUGCCAAGGCCUGCAAGCAUGGCCAGUCGUUAGCGGGGCUGAUGCAGGAUGCGGCUGGGGCUCAGGCAACUCAGGCGGGUGGACAGAAGCUCGGGAAAUGGCUUUGCCACUUCUAGAGGUAGGGCUGGAUAAUGGCCCUGAGAUAGAUCUGGGACUGCACAUCGGCAGAAACCCAGGGAAGAGCCAGCUGUGCCAGGCUGUGCACAGCACCCAGGGCUCUCCAUUCAGGUUCUGGGAGCCAUGGGGUCCUUGGAGCAGGUUGGACAUCCAGGUGCAAUGGGGGAGUUGGGGCAGCCCCUGCGGAGACAGGGGGGCGGAAGACAGGGUGCAUGUACAGGGCCAGUGUGUGGGAGAGGGGCUGCUCUGCUCCAUGGGUGCAGCCAGGCUUCCUUCGGUGUCCGUUCCCUGCAGGAGUGCCUUUGCCGUCUGGAAGGGGGCAAUUGACAGCACGGUGUGCGCUGGGCAGGCCCGGGUGGCAGCCUCGGAGAAUUACCGCAGCCUGAGUCUGGAGGUGGCUAAAACCACCCGACUGUCCAAGGAGCACCUGCUCAAGAAGAGCACGGAGCAGCUGCAGAGGGUGCAGGCAGAGCUCCUGGAGACGGUGAAGGAAGUGGGCAAAGCCAAGAAGCGCUACAUGCAUCUGCAGCGGGUCAGCGAGGUGGCCAAGGAGAAAGCGGCUGAUGUGGAGGCCCGGCUCCGGAAGAGCGACCAUGGCAUAUUCCACACGAAGGCCAGUUUGCAGAAGCUCAGCACCAAGUUUUCUGUGCAGCUGUCCGAGAACUCGCAGCAGCUGGUGGUGGCGCGGAACGAAUACCUGCUGACCCUGGGAGCUGCCAAUGCCCACCUGGGGCACUACUACCAUGUCGAGCUGCCUGCCGUCAUGAAGACCCUGGAUGGUGACCUGUACGAACGGCUCCGGGACCACCUGACUCUAGUCAGCCAGUCAGAACUAGAGGCCUGUCACGCCACACAGGAGCGGUUUCGGGGGAUCCUGGAGGCCUCCACACAGGUGUGCAGGGAGCAGAGCCUCCUCCUGUUCCUGCAGGAUAACACUGCCUUCACCCCAACUCCUGAGCAGCAGUUCCAGCCGUCGGGCGCCGACCACGUGUGCCUCCUGGAGGCGAGGAGUGGCAGCGCUGGGGAGAGCGGGCUGGAGAAGGAGGCGCGGCGCUGGGCCACCCGGGCAGCCAGAGACUACAAAAUAAAGACUCAUGGCAAGCAGGUUCUGCAGAGGAUGGAAGCCAGGAGGCAGCAGGCCCCUGAAGCGGAGAUGCCCGGCAUGGAGAGGAGGAUGGAAGAAGUGAGCGAGAACAUCCGGAAAGCAGAGGUCAGCAGAGUAAAGGCUGAUGCCCGACUGGUAUUGCUGCGCCAGGCCGGCCUAGACGUGGACACCUGGCUGGCGGGGGCCAUGGGGCAAGUCCUGGAGGAGCUGGAGCAGGAGCGACGGCUGAGCGAGGCCCGCAAGUCGGACAAGGAGUCGACCCCCACGGCAGAAGAGUUCGAUCUGGCAGAGUUUGACGAUUAUGACGACAAUGAGGAGCUCUUUGAGGAUGCCGGUCCCUGCCCUGGCACUGCCCGCAUCUACCCAUCCACUUGCAGGGUGUUCUUCGGGUACCAGGCCUGCCAGUCUGACGAGCUGUCCAUCCGCCAAGGCGAGGAGCUGGAGGUCAUUGAGGACGGCGAUGUGGAAGAAUGGGUCAAGGCUCGGAACCAGGCGGGGCAGGUGGGCUAUGUCCCUGAGAAGUACCUGCUGUUCCUGGAUGCCGUGGGGAGUGAGCGCAGGGCGCUGACCGGGAGCUGCCAGGAAGGCCCCUCCGAGACCGCCUUGGAAAAGGAGCUCACUAGCAUUAUGACCAUGGACUUGGUGCUGGAGCCAGGAACAUGGCUGGUGCGAGCCCUCUACGAUUACGAGGGGCAGAGUGUGGAGGAGCUGACCUUCCCCGAGGGAGCCAUAAUCCGAGUGCUCCCCAGAGAGGAGGGGGAAGUGGACGAUGGCUUCUGGAAAGGGGACUUCAAUGGGCGCGUUGGGGUCUUCCCUUCACUGGUGGUGGAAGAAAUAACUGGAGUCAUAGGAGUGGCUGGGCAGGAGCUCCCAUCACCAUCUCCUCCGGCCUUCUCCCCUCCGGUCCUUGUGCCCAGUGCCGGGCUAGGUUCCCACCCACUUCCCGAAGUGCUGCUGGGAGCCUGCAGGCAGGAUGGCGCAGUCAGUGGACCCAGCUCUCCGGACCUGGGAGCAGCACGCAUCCGCCCGCUGCGAGCACCGCCUCCACCCCCUGCCAAAGCCCCAGAACCCGAGCCUGAACCCCGCAUCAGCUGACGCUACCCAGCUGGGAGCGCAGUGUGUCACCCGAGCAAAACUGCUGCCACCGACUUCGCCACCCAGUGGGUGCACUGGCUUCCUACUGCUUCAGAGCCUUCCCACUCCUCCCUGGCCAGCAGCAGAAAUCCGGGGACAGUCCCACGGCGGGGAUGGGAGUGCUGGAGAUCACCCCUAGUGCGGCAGAGAGCCUGAUCAGCAGCCCAAGCUGCCUCUCUGCACCCCAAUGGGCUGAUCAUUCUGGAGGAGUCCUGGGGGAGCGUAGUCCCAGGGGAGUGCAGAGCACUACCGAAUGCAUGUUCCUCACUGCCCAGCGCUGAGGGGACUGGACAGUGGGUCCCCCAUCCCAGGAGACCUGCAGCGGCGGGAUGGAGAAGCACAUCUGUAGCCACUUCCCCUCCAGGCAGCUGCCAGCAGGGUGCUCCCACCCCUAGGCUUGGAGUGGGAAACGCAUCUGCCAGGAGGCUGGGGGCCUGUAGCCAGCGCUGUCUCCCUCCUCCUUUCACUGCCCACUUCCAACUGGCUCUCAGUUUUGCCAGACCCCCUGCCCCUGUCAUGUGCUGAGCCAAGGGGCCCCUCCCAGCUGUGGGCAUGUGAGAGUUAAUCCUGCUCUUCCGGUGCGGGGUAUCUAGCAUCUCUUGCGCCCAUCUCGCCCCUCCCUGGCUCACCUGCUGCUAGCUGGCAUUUCUGCACAUUCCCCUGAAAGUCACCGAGAGACUUGCCCUGUGCCCUGUCCCCAGAGCAGGACUGCAGGUGAGCAUGGGGCAGGGCGGGAAGAACUGCACUAGGUGCCAGCGCACUGUGCCCCUCUUUUUGCUGGGCCCAGCAGCGGCUGCUUCUGCUGAGCCGCUGUGUGUUCAGGCUGGUCCCUGGCUGCCUCGGCUGCCCUCUGCCUGUGCUGGGGAUGGCCUGGUCACUGGGCCCCAAUAAACAGAUUUCAUUCUGCA